AUGGCUCCCAUCACCACCAGUUUGUAUUCUCGUCUCAAAUCCUACUACACGGGUGAGAAGGAACCCGUAAAGCCAUUCUUGACUACCUACGCUGCAGUAGCCUUGCUGGUUUUAUACACGCUGGUCUACGUCCUACCCUUCUACAUAUCAAAAACAACUCGCCCCUCAUCUCAACUUUCCCGCGACGCACCCUCGGUCAUCAAAGGCCGCAUAGCUUCCGUCACAACAUCCUGCAUCAUCUGCUCCCUCAGCACCUUUCUCCUCCUCUACUCCGUCGUUCAAAAUGGAACGCCUCUGCAAGCCCUGCAUAACCUGGGAUGGUUCCCCGUUGGCGUGGAGGAAUCCGUAAAAGCUGUCGCUCUCACAGCGACUCUAUUCCUUGGACCGCUCUUCGAGGCCGGCAUCGUGGAAGGCGGAUGGAGGAAAUGGAUACGGUUGGGGAGUUUGAAUGCUACCAUAAGUGGGUGGAUAGGCUAUCGGAACUAUGUAGCGGGCCCUAUCACUGAAGAAAUUCUCUUCCGAUCUGCAUCCGUGCCUCUACUACUCCUCUCCAAUACCUCGAAUACAACAAUCGUCUUCCUGACGCCUAUCAUCUUCGGCCUGGCACAUGUCCACCACUUCUACGAAUACCGCAUCACGCAUCCGCAUACGCCUGUAGUCGGAGCUCUCGCCCGAUCAUUCUUCCAGCUUGCAUACACGUCGAUGUUUGGCAGCUAUGCUACAUUCCUGUAUUUGAGAACUGGGAGCUUGCUUGCAGUGGUGUUGGUGCACGCAUUUUGUAAUUGGAUGGGGCUACCGAGAUUCUGGGGAAGGGUCACCAAGGGCACUGAUGACAUUAUGGGUGAAGAACUUGGAGGGGGAAAGAGGAGUGAAGAUCGCGUUAAGAAUGCCGCUGGUGGGAGUCUGGGAAUUACCUGGACCAUUGUUUAUUACAUCCUUCUUGUGGCGGGGCUGUAUGGCUGGACUCAGAUGCUAUGGACGUGGACGGAUAGUCCAUCUGCUCUGGCUUUAUUUUAG